AUGCCACUUCCAGUUGACUGUUCUCAACCAAGGCUGGAGCCCAGACGAAGCCUUGAAUUCCUCGCAUCUACCUAUGAUGCCAGUGCCGAAAACUCGUCUUCCCAGAACGACGAGGAUGUUUCCGCAGCCGAAUCGGAUGAUUCCAACGUCACCCAAGAGGAACCUGUCGAAACGAUUCUCGCAGAAGCUGAGGCUGCCCGGCAGCAGAAGAUGCGCCUCGGAUGCAGACCGACGAGAUCUAUCAAGAAGUACGAUCCGGAGGACGUCAAUCUCAUCCCUAUGGCCGAUAACCACCCCAGAGCAAAGCUGUAUCCAGGUCCAAUCCGUCCUGCUCCACAACGCACUGUUCCAUGGGAUGAAACAUUGUAUCGUACCUGCUGCGCCGACGAAAGGAUGCAUUUUUGUUCGGAGUUGCUUGCUUGGGACAGUUUCUUGAGAUCGAUCAGACGCGACUGGAUCAGGCGUGAUGAGGCGGCAGAAGACACAAUUCCACCACCGCCACCCGUGCUUGAGUGGGAUCCUUUAGACCUACACACGCGAUAUCUGGUCUUUUUGAAGCAGACCCGGACUGAUGACGAGAAUGACGACAACUACUUCACGGUCCUCAGCCGGUUCAACUUCUGGCCGUAUCAUCUGUUCGUGGAUCAUGUCGAAGCAGUUGAGCGACAAGUUGCCGAGAUACGAAAAGAGCGUGGUUUGGCACACACUCCUUCAGUUGGAGUGACCGAGCCAAAUCAAAACAGACUUCGACAGGCAAAAACACAAUCAACAUUGUCUGUGAACACCAACACCCGAGAGGACGAUGCCAGCGAACUAGCUCUGGCACCCAAGCUGGCGAGUACUGAAUUCCAGAAUGCAAUCAGCGGCCCACCAAAGCGACGUUGGCCUGGAGGCACCGCCCACCAGAACCAAACACUAUUACCCAUACCCGCACCAGGGGAAUUGGCUAUCACCAAAGCUACCAAUAAACCCAGCCAUCGUGACGAAUUUCAGGCGAAGCCCGGCUCUGGGAACGGAGCAGCGGAGGCUCCCAGUGACCGUGCGUUUGGGAAGGGCGCUUGUGUGGUGAAACGAUAG